AACAGAUGACUCUCCUCCAUCAGCCCUGGCAGUAGACAAGGCAUGGGGCAGCUUUGGUUAGUGGUGAGCAUUACAAUCCAGAAGCCUGGUGUUGAAGACUUAACAAAGAAGUAAGUAAUCAGAGAUACUCCAGUAGAAGGACAGUAGGCUGCCAAAACUGAGGUGAAGCAGAACAAAAUGCCUCAAAGAAAACACCAUGAAAAUACAGCAAACAAGCAGGAGAUUUCUUACACAGAGAUAAAGACAGCUAAGUCUACAAAGAAGCAAAGAAAACCUAAAGCCAAGCAGAGCUCUGUAAUGCUAAGUGAAGAGCAACUAAGCUAUGCAGAAGUGACAUUCCACAGAACACAUCAGCUCCUUUCCCCAAAACAGGUUGUCAGAGGAAAAAGACAAGGUCCAAAAACAACAGUAUGGAAAAUAGUAACUGGCAUCCUUGCAACCUUGUGUGUGGUGCUCAUGACAACCGUGGGGAUCUUACUUCCAAAAUUAUUUUCUAGCCAAGAACAAAGCAGAGAAAGCUCGCCUCUUCAUCCUCUGCUUCCUAAAGAGGAAGAUGGCGCCCGUUACCUUUGUUCACUGGACUGGUUUGCUUUUGGAAACAAUUUCUAUCAUAGGAUUCAUGAAAUAAGAACCUGGGCAGACAGUCAAUCUUCCUGUGAGGAAUGGAACUCUCAUCUUGUGGAGAUAGACUCCAAAGCAGAGCUGGAAAACUUGCUAUUGUUUGAAAUUCAAGGGUGGAUUAUCCUCAACAUAGAUGAAACCGAUGGGUCCUGGCUGUGUGAAAAUGGCACCAAAAUACAGCAAACCAGAAUUAAUGAUUCAGAAAAAAAGAAUCAUAAUUGCCAUUAUCUGAAUGGAAAACAAUUUUUUCUUGAAGACUGUUCAUCUAAGAAGGCAUACACCUGUGAGUUUAAUAUGCCAUAGUAGCUAUUUCAUUAGCAUAAUUUUAUUAAACUAUGAAUAACAAAACUGUUUAAAUUUAUAAUUUGUUUUAUGUGUUGGGAGCAGGGGAUGCCACAGUGUACAUGUGGAGGUCAUAGGAGAACUUGAGGGUACUGGUUCUCUUCUUCCACUUUUAUGUGGAUUCCAGGGAUCAAACUCAGGUGUCUGGGGUUGUGUGACGAGUGCUGCUACCCAGUGAGCGAUGUUGCUGCUUGCUUUUUUCUGUUUGUGGAAUACGCUUACACCACUUUGUUCAGUCUAAUCUGUAUUCCCAGGGCUCAAAUAUUUUUGAGUCUCAGUAUAUCUAGUAGGUAGAACAGAGAUACAACCCAUUCACCCAGUGUAAGAUUCCUAACU